CUGGUUUCAUUCACUGGCUAAGGAGAGGUAUUCAUGGAGGAGGGCUUGGCUGUGCUCAGAGAACAUAAAUUCAGGUCAGGUUUGUGCUUAUCUCAAGUGGAAUGGAAAACAGGAGGCAGGCAGUAGUUGAAGCGUGAAGCACUGGCAGGCUGUGAUAACGCCUGGCCAUCGAGAGGCCAUCAGCCACUUCUCCCACUUGGCCGCUGUUGCAUCAACGCUCAGAUUUCCACCAGGUGCAGAGAGGAGCUGCACUUCUCACUUUCACUUCAUGGCUCAGCGCUCCGCUCAUCCUGUCGUCUCCAUCGCACUGCUGGUGUUUGGACUUGUUGCAAUCCUGCUCCUGACGGUUCCCACUAAAGACAUCCAGGCGGCUCCGGGGUUCAUGUAUGGGAUUGUCCUGGAUGCUGGAUCAUCGCACACAGCUUUGUAUAUAUACAAGUGGCCAGCAGACAAGCAAAAUGGCACAGGCGUGGUCACCCAGCACAGUGAAUGUCAUGUUGAUGGAGGAGGGAUCUCCAGCUAUGCAGGCCAGCAGGGAGUAGCAGGGCAGAGCUUAGAGGCAUGUCUGGACCAGGCAGUGAAGGACAUCCCCAAAGAAAGACACCAGCUCACACCUGUGUACCUCGGAGCCACAGCUGGCAUGAGGCUUUUGCAUAUUUCCAAUCCAGUGCAGUCGACUCAGAUUUUGCAGGAAGUGGGCUACAAAAUCCAGUCGUACCCUUUCAGCUACCAAGGAGCAACCAUACUGAGUGGUCAAGAAGAGGGGGCGUACGGCUGGGUCACCGUCAACUAUCUCUUAGAGAACUUUAUAAAGUAUGGUCUUGUGGGGCACUGGCUCAGUACUGGCAGACCCACGGUGGGGGCGCUUGAUUUUGGUGGAGCGUCCACCCAGAUAACAUUUGCAACUCAGGAGGGAAUAGAGGACAAACAGGACAUGAUGAAACUGCAUCUUUAUGGCCAGGAGUACUCUCUGUACACACACAGCUUCCUGUGCUACGGGCAGGACCAGGCCCUCCAGAGACUGCUGGCCCAUAUAGUGAAGUCUCAGAAUUACUCGGAGUCUGUUGAUCACCCCUGCUACCCUGCCGGCCACAGCAGAACUUUACAUUUCAGCAGUAUAUUCAAAUCUCCAUGUACAACAAAAUACAAACCCAGCUCCUACAAACCCCAGGCCUUUUUGAUAAUACGAGGUACCGGACAUUACGAACACUGUCUGGGCAACGUGUCCGAGAUCUUCUCCUUUGACGGCUGCUCCUUCUCCCAGUGUUCCUUCGACAAAGUGUUUCAGCCAAAUGUCACCGGUCGCUUCAUGGCUUUCUCUGCCUUCUUCUACAUUCACUCCUUCCUUCAACGUGUCACCGGCAUCACUGUGAACACUCCCUCGCAACUGGAGGAGGCCACCAGAGUAGUGUGCAGGAUGAACUUCAAUGAAAUGUUGCGUCUCGCUCCAGAGCAAAGGCCUCGUUUGCAGGAUUACUGUGCUUCCUCUGUGUUUGUAAAGGUUCUCAUGUUGAGAGGCUACGGCUUCAGUGAGACUUCAUUCCCACACAUUUCCUUCCAGAAAAAGGCAGGUGACACCUCGGUGGGUUGGGCUCUGGGCUACAUGCUGAGUUUGAGCAACUUGCUGCCGGCAGAGAGACUGGAGCUGAGGAAGGCCCUGACCCCAGGAGCAUGGGGUGCACUCAUCUUUCUCUUUGUUCUUCUCCUUGUUGCAGUCCUGGUCUUCAUCAUACUCCGAGCUCAUAAUAGGAAGAAGAAAGGAGGCAGUGAAAGCGCCAUCUAGAUACUGCAGCAACAUACAGUGCAGGCAGAAAAGAAUAGGACAGUUAUACAUGCUUGUUUGCUUUGGCUCUGUACUCCAACACACUGGACCUGAAAUGAUACUGACUGUGAGAUUAAAGAGCUGAAUUUGAACUUCACUGUACAGGUGUUCACUUUAUAAUGGGUGUACAAUGUAGGACCUGUAGCUCCUUUUAUACAUCUCAGUUUUAGGUGAAUGCAACAGGACAAUCAUUCUAAACAUAGAGGCAGCUUAACUAGUCUGUUUUUUGACAUUUGUAGUCAUGUAGUGGACGGAACCAACACAGUGGAAAAACAUGACCAAACAUUAUGCGACUGCCCUGUAGGUUUAAUGAACCCUCUUAACAAUCAUGUCAUGAAUACGUACAUGUCCUCUUGUAUUUUAUUCUCCGUUUAAGGUGACUGUAAUUCCAGAAUCCAUUACAGUUCAUGCAUAUUCAUGGUAUCAUUGUAAAGGUAAUACUCUGCAGUUUCAUUCUGUAUAUUUUUCUUACUCCUAUUCCUACCACAGUGAAGACGGUGCUCUUGAGAUUUUAAGUCAAACCAAUUUUGGAUUAUAUGCUAUGUACAAAAAAAUCUAUUUCUUGUUUUUUGCAGAAUGUGUGGGUAUACUCUGAGGCAGUGUCACAUUAAAGCAAUGGCACUGUGGAGAUCACUAGCAGGUGAAGGACUCCCUGUGUUUUGUAUUCAGUAUUGUUUUUAGGUGGCUAUUUUUUCAUGUUAUUCUGCUAGAAUAACUGAAUGUUAACACUUUGCAAUAAUUCUUUAGUAUGUUAUUUGUGUGGUGUAGAAGAUAAUUAUUU